AGCAGCUCGAACUCAAAUCUGCUGAAAGCAUUAAAGAGACUGCAUUAUUUUUAAAUAAGAUUAAUUUGCUUCGUGAUUUUGAAGGAUUUAGAAAAUUUGCGAUAUUAUGGAACCGAUGACACUUGGCAGUCCUAUCAGCAGCCCUGGCAGUAAUCAAAACCAAUAUUUGCCUCCCUUCCUCAUGGGCGAUCCUCAGGCAAUGACGCCCCACAACAACACUCUGUCCCCGAAACUGGGACGCUACAAUGUCAGCUUUGCCUCGCCGCCGAGUAACAACACGACCCAGGAGAUGGGAUACAACAAUCUGCAGCAGCUUAAUCGCUCAGUUGUUGGCACGCGCACGCUAUUCGCAGGCGGCAGCAGCUCCAACAACAGUGCAGGCGGCGGCGGUGCAGUGGCGAAUACUAGUCAUCAGGCUGGUCCGCCGACCCAAGGAUUGUUCGAUUCGCUGCGCAGCGAGCAGAUGCCUGGAACACCGCAACGCACGCACUUGGGAAUGCUGCCGGCAUCUUCGCAUCUAAACAGUUCCAACUACAGCCUGAAUCAGAGCUUGCAUCCUCCGAUUACACAGCUGAAUGAUUCAUAUGUGCCAAAUGCGCCCAAUGCCAUUAACGCCUCUAUGCGCGCACUCUGCUCACCACUGGGAGCCAACAUGUCACCACUGACCAUCCAACACACUCCUCAGGCACGUGCCAGUGACUUUUGGGUGACGAUCUUUGGUUUCUCCCCCGGCGCCAGUUCGAUGAUACUACAACACUUUACAAUGUGCGGCACAAUUGUGGAUGUGGUGCAUGCCCCACAGAAUGGCAACUGGAUGCACGUGCGCUUUGCAUCCCGUAUCGAGAGCGACAAGGCGCUAAACUACAACCUGAAGGUGAUUGCCAGCAAUGUGAUGGUCGGCGUUACUCGAUGCACCGACGACCACAUCAUUGACAAGGAGAACGGAGUGAAUGUGAACGGAACCAACGGUUCGAAUGUGGAGCCAUUUAAGCCCAAGGUGCGUCCUUUGGCCCAACAGUCCUACAACGUUGCCCAGCACGACACUCAGGUCUCACCCAAGAGCAAUUUGCCCCAGAAGAGCUCCGGAUUGAUGAACAAGGCCAUGGAUCUCAUAUUCGGUUGGUGAUCUGAUCCAUUAAUAAAAACCACAAUUUCUUUGAAUUGCUGUUGGGAAACCACUUAAAGCUUCUCGCAUUUUGCAUUUUUUAAUAGCAACAUAAAAUCC